CGCCAUCGCCUACACCAGGAAGAGUACGUUGAUUGGUUGUUGGGAAUUGUCUUCUUCCUAUGCGUCAUAGCAGGAAGUAGAAGGCGUGGUUUGUUUAGCGGUGUUUGUUGGUCCUUACUGUCCACCGUAGAAAGGGCGGAGACAGUGAGACGCGGGAGGAGGGAAAGAUCGGCUGGGCUACAGGAGAGGUGAGAGUACUGUGAUCCUGGUUACAGUGUGUGUGUGCGGAUAGUCCGGGUUACACUGUGUGUGUGGGUGUGUGUGUGUAUGGGUAUGGGUGGGUGUGUGUGUUUUGUAGAUGCAGGAGGCAUUGUGUAAAGGGAGAGCCCUAGUUGCAGCGAGCAGAUGGCACCAUGUUGAAGCAGACCCCAGUGGAGCAUGCUGUCCAGGCUCGUGUCCUGUGUGUAUUACAUGGUCAUGGUGCUAGUCUUCCUGACUGCUGCUGGGUGUUUUCAUUCCUAUUUAGUUCAUAUAUUAACCCAUUAAGGAUCAACCUUCUGGAAUAAAAGGGAAUGUGUCCUUAAGGGGUUAAGUAAGGUAACUGAAAAGUUAGAAAAGACAAACUCAAGUCAUAAAUAAUAUUUAAAAGGCUAAUACAUAUAUGUGUGUGUGCUGCACACAUUAAUGAUGGUGUUAGAGUAACACCUGUAUUUCUAACACUUGGUGUCCCUGCUUUUUUGCAAUAAUAGUACAAUAAUGUUUUUUGUUUUUUUUUCUUAAAGGGAAAUUAUAGUCACCAGAACAACCACAGAUUGAUGUAGUUGUUCUGGUGAGUAUAAUAGCUCCAUGCAAGCUGACCAAUCUACAUGCUGCCGGUUUAGAGAAAAGGCAGUGUUUAAUUUUACUCUGCACUUCCAGUAGCCACUCCUGAAACCGCUAGAGGUGCUUCCUGUGUCAGUUCUGCACAUGCAGCGUCUCCACUCUCUGCAUGGAGACACAGUUUUCCGUUAUAGAGAUGCAUUCAUUCAGGAGAUGCCCAUUAGUCGGGGUAGCAUUUGGCUCUGUCCUGCACCACACCCUUAGCUGAGCUCAUAUGAAUUGACCAUCUCAGUCAAUCAAAUGCUUUCCUGUGGAAAAGUAUUGUAUUGUGAUUGGCUGAGAUCAUCACUUCUGAAGGAAGUGGAAACUGUGAUGGCAGACCCAUGCGGAACUGGAAAUAAGGUAAGAUUUUAGUAUAUUGGGAGGAGGCGAAAUAGUCACCAGAACCACUGUAGCUUAAUGUUGGGUCUCUGGUGUCUAUAGCCUGUUCCUGCAGUCUUUCCAAUGUAAACACUGCCUUUUCAGAGAAAAGACAGUGUUUACAUUACCCCUCAAACAGCCACUAAAGUGUGUCCUGUCCUUUAUUCAGCAUCUCCACGCUCUGCAUGGAGGCGCUGAACGUUCCCAUAGAGUUGCAUUAACACAGUGCAUCUCUAUCAGGAGAUGCUGAUUGGUGCAGCAUUUUGCCGCGCAUGCUCAAUAGCUUCCCAAUGCUUUUCCUAUAGGAAAGCAUUGUAUUGGCUGAGUUAAUCAAGAUUGAUAAUCUCAACUAUGGAGGCUUGCCAGUCGCAAUGAGAUGGGUACGCCGUUGGGGGGGGGAAAGAGGUAAGUAAAGACACCAUUCCCAUGCGAUCGGAGAGGAGCUGGUGACCUAAACCUACACAUUCACUGACCAACAGAUACACUCAUACAGACGAAAGUACACACACUUACUGACGCACAUUCUCUCACACACUCACAAAAUAUUAUUUUAAACACCCAAAUAGAGAUAUAUAUAUAUAUAUAUAUAUAUAUAUAUAUAUAUAUAUUAUUCAUACAGACAUACAUACACACAAAAAAAUACAUAUUUUAACCACCCUCCUGUUCCCUACCUUGUGGGUGCAGAUGGGUGGUUUUGCUGGGGUCCAGUGGGACUGGCCAGCAGCAGGUUACACUGCAGCUUAAUGCGGCUAAUGGCAGUGGGCUGCGGCUGGUCCUGACUCCCCAUGCAGCUCUCUGAGUGCCAGGAGGAAGUGAAGUAAACUAAAUUACUGAAGCAGCGCAGGGGAAUGAGUGGGCAGACGACUCUGUGGAAUAUGCUUGCGUGCGAAUGGCUUUGCGGAAUGUGCGGGCCGUAGCGGGCGGUAAGUAGACAAAUCUGGUCUCUUGACAGCUUGUCAUUCCCCUGCGCGGCCUCAGAACCGGUAGAAGGAAGUUACAGUUCACUUCCUCCCGCAGCGACUGUGAUCGAGAGACAGGAGGCGGAGGGAACAGGCUGACAAAUCCCAGGUGCCAAAACGAAAUUCUUAGUUGCCAUGGCAUCUGGGAUUUGUCGAGCCCUGAGUUAUCCACUCUGAGUUUCACCAGGCUGAGUAAUGUGCAUGACAGUUGACAUUAGGUAGUUAGAGAAAUGCUGAUACAUAUUACAGUAUAUACUCGAGUAUAAGUCUAGUUUUUCAGCACAUUUUUUGUGCUUAAAACCCCCCACUCGACUUAUACUUGAGUCACUGUCUGUAUUAUGGCAACAUUAGAGAGCCGUGGCCGUCAGAGCCAUGGCAACGAUCCGCGCGGCAACCAGACCGCAAGACUUACAGUGGAGCUGACUGGAACGGAGGAGAAGGGAGCUGACAGGAGCUGCAGGAAAGGUAAGUAAAUGCUUCCUGCCGGCCCCCCCACUUCACAGCCCAUGCCACUGGACUGCCAGGGAUUAAGAUAGCCCCCCUCCCUGACCAGUUAACAAGCAGGGAGGGGGGUGGGACAAUUUUUUUUUAAAUAAUAAAAAAAUAAUAUUAAAAUAAAAAAAAAUUAAAAUAUUAAAAAUGCCCUCCCCCCACCCAGUUCACACACACUACACAAACACACACUCUGCAUUAUAUACACACUCUGCAUUAUAUACACACUCUGCAUUAUAUACACAGAGUGUGUGUAUGUAUGAGUGUGUGUAUAUAAUGCAGAGUGUGUGUUUAUAUGAGUGUGUGUGUAUAUAAUUAUAAAAAUCACAGAAUUUCAUAGCCCCAAGUUUUACCCUCGACUUAUCCACGAGGCAUAGCAUAUUUCACAAUUUUCGGUCACAAAACUGCACUCGACUUAUACAUGAGAUCAACUUAUACACGUGUAUAUAUACGGUAUAUAGCUUGAGUGCUUAAAAAUAUUGGCCUGUUUUGGUGCAUUUAUUUUAAAAUGUAUGGAAAGAAAGUUUCUUAAAACUGUGGAUUAUUUAAAGUAACGUUAUCCAAAAAUUGUUGUGCUAAAAUUACAUUUUUUGUUUCCUCAUGGCUUUGUUCCUGGUUAUAUUUGUCUGUAAAAGAAUUCAGAAUGAGCCUUAGGAAGCAAACCCCAAGUGACUUCCUGAAGCAGAUCAUUGGAAGACCAGUGGUUGUGAAACUUAACUCUGGAGUGGAUUAUAGAGGUAAGUCGGGGAUAAACUUUUUUUUUUUUCUCAUCUUUAUCUCUGUGAUAAAGCGUAUUGGUAUUCCUAACAGUUGCAGUGGUUACCAUAUUUUACUUUAAAAGUGUGCAGCAAAAGAGACAUCUGUUUUGAUAGUGUGUAGUUCUCAUUGUUGUAAUAAACGUAUAAAAUAGAAAUACCUGCAACAGUAUUUAGCAAAUAUAUAUACUCUCAUAAAACAGUCUUGUAAAAGCAUCACCACUUGCUGGAUUUUCCUUAGUAUUUACAGUUUCCAAUUUCUUUCAGACAGUGUUUGUAUUAUUUUUUUUAACUUGGUAAUGAACUGUUACAGGCAUUUCUACAAUCGUGUUUUAUAGAAUUAAUUUAAACUGUAUUUAUAAACUUUUAAGAUCUCCUGGUUGUCCAUAUUGCCUGUUACAUGUUCUUUCUAAGCACAAUGUACACUACACAGUGAAUUGUAGUGGUUAUGAUUCAAAAUGUGUUGACACAUUUCUGCAAGUAGUGACAACCUGGGGCUCACCUAGAGCUCUAACCCCUUUUCUGAGAAUGCCGACGUUAACUUCACGUUAUUUGCAGAGCAGCCAAGGAUGCAUGCACAAUAAUACCUACUAAGGGGAAAAUAAAGAUGCACAAGCUUAAGUUCAUUUAACGAUUAUUCCCUAUGUGCCUUUUUUUGUAUGUGCUUCAUGGGAUUCCAUAUUUUAAAAAAAAAGGCAGAAAAUAAAAAAGCGCCCUACUCAAAAUAAAUUUGCAUUUCAGAGUAUGUGAGUUAUUCCUUAAGGAUGAAGGCAGUUGUACAACGUCUGACCAAAACAAAACCUAGAAUUUGAGCUAUAUGUUUGUUCAACCAUAAUUUUCCUCUUUCAUAUUGAGUCCACCCACACUUAUUUUUAUAUAUAUAUAUAUAUAUAGAUAUAUAUAUUUGUUUGUUUAGAAGAAUCAGGGCUUUCAUUUCACAUAAAAUAUUUAUGUAUGAAACAUAAUUUAAUAUGAAUAAAAUCUAAAAAAAAAAAAAGUGAGAUGGAGACCCUUUAUUUUCCAACUUCUGCAUGGCAGUUUAACUGUGAAUCUCAUACUGUUCUUUUACUGCAAUAAAACACAAAUAUUUGCAUGCUGUGAUGUACCAUGAGUACAACAAUGCUCCCCAUGUACUGGUCUCAUGGUGUUUUGUAAAGUUACAAGGUCAAAGAAAGAGCUUGCCCUUUUACACAUUGAAAUUUGCCAGUUUAGUUUGCUGGGCCUAUGUUGCAUUUGAGACCGUGUGUGUGUAUGUAUGUAUAUGUAUGUAUGUAUGUGUAUGUGUGUGUGUAUAUAUAUAUAUAUAUAUAUAUACACACACACACUCCAGCGCACUCGCUUAUUCACUAAACAAUGAUUCCAAAUCUUAGAGAUUGUAAUAGUUUUAUUUAAAAACACCUCACCUAGGCAAAAUGGGCAGAAGUGGUCUGGGUGCCUGGAGUGUCCCUUUAAUGUACCCCUAAUACUAAUAUACUAUGAUUUAUUUUUUUUCAUUUGCAGGAGUGCUGGCAUGUUUAGAUGGCUAUAUGAACAUUGCUUUGGAACAGACAGAAGAAUAUGUCAAUGGACAACUUAAGAACAAAUAUGGGGAUGCAUUUAUCAGAGGAAAUAAUGGUAAUGCCAUAACAAUUUAUAGGACUGUUUGCUAAAAGCAAUUUUUUUUAUACAAUUUAGUAUAAAAGAGAAAACAGUUUCUGUGGAACUGCAUUGUUUAACAUUGUAGCACAAAGUGCAAAAGGGACCCUGUACCCAGACCACGCCAAUGAGCUGAAGUGGUCUGGGUGUCUAUGUAAAUGUUUUUGGCUUGGUUUUGCUCUCAUUGGCAAAACUGUAAAAUGAGAAAGUGAUAACCAAUCUAAUUGCCUUUUUGCAUGCAAUAUUGGCUUCCUUAUCUUUUUUCAUAGGAGGCCUCUGAUAUUUUUAUUUUUUAUGCUCUUUCCUUAUUUUACUUUUUGUUUGUUUACUUUCUCACUAAGCUACAUUGAUUACAAUGUGUUUCUUUUGUAUUUGUUAACCAAUAGUACAUACUGAGAAAUGUAACUUUCUAAUAUUUAUUUGAAGAUAUUCAAUUUAUCCCCAUGUGUUUUUUCAGAGUUUAUGUAGCUCAAAUAAUGUUGUAAAAGCUGCCCUGAUCUUUUUUUAAACUGGCACUCCAGGUGUUGUGGGAUACAUAUCCUAUAAUGCUUUUACGGCCAUGUUGAAGGAAAAGCAUCAGGGGAGAUGUAGUGCCAAAGGGUGCCUUAAAAUAAAAUUAAACAUAACAUUUUCUAAACUCUGAAUUGCAAGAUCUAACCAGUGACUACAGCUCAAUAUGAGAAUUUGUUCAAAUGAGCUCCUUUUGCAAUUUGUGUUUAAUUUACUAAAAUGAGUGAAUUGUCCUGUUUAUAUUCCUGACAUAUGUAGAACAAUUCAAGGAAACCGUGGACACAUUACAAUGAUCAGUUGUGAAAUAAAACGGUUUGCUGAUAUUUGAUAAAUAUUCCGUUCUCAAGAUUCUUAAUCUACGGUUUGAUUCAUUCUGUUUUGCUUUUCUUUUAUGAUUGCACUUUGUGUUUAUGCUUUUGUUUUUCAGUUGUGCAUAUUUAUUUGCUCUUAUUUUGUAAAUUUUUCAAUAAAAAGAUGACAUGUAUACAGAACAAGUGUUAUAUUUAUAUACAUUUUUCUUUUUUUCUUUUCAGUCUUGUAUAUAAGCACACAGAAAAGAAGGAUGUAAACUAAUUUUUUUUUAAAAAUUUUUUUUUUUUUUUUUUACUUUUUGUAAGAAGAACCCAACUGUUCUAGAGAAGAUCAAAGUGAUGAACGUUGCACUCCCUCUUGAUAUUUUGGAGAAAAUUUAUUUUUGUUUAAAGUGUACCUGUCAUGCAAAACAGCAUAGUAUAAUUUUUUUUUUUUUUUUUUAGAGAAUAUUAUUACACUUGCCAAUUAACUACCAAAUUGCUAGUGCAUGGAUAGCUUCAGUUUUAGUUGAAUAUCUAUUUUAUUUUUUAUUUUAAGCCCUCCUUGCUGUCAGAAAGUACCCAAAAACUACAAACAUGGCCAAUUUAGUGGCUGUAUGCUUUUUAGCACACCCCAAUGUGCCCGAGAAUUUCACAAUGCUGCCAAGCAUGCAGCUGAACCCUAUUAAUUAUUGGUUGCCAUAUAUAAGCUAUCAGAGGCACACAUGUUUUUGGAAGUGGAAGGAAGCUUCAGGUAAAUAUAUGUUAAUCGAUACAUUUGUGUGUUAACUAGCAUAAUGUAUUUCUUGAAUUUGAAUAGUUACUUGAUGCUGACCUUGCCUUCCACACACUUUGUGCAUAAAAGGUUCAAUUUAAAUAUUCGGAAAUGGUUUAUUGAUUUUAUUUCAUCAUGUUAUUCCAAACAUUGUAAAAUAAACGGCAUUCGUUGGAAACUGUUGCAUUGUUUUGAUUGAAAGUGUAUAAAAUUACCUAAUUCAACCGAGAAAAUUGCAUAUUUGAAAGAAAUGUAGAAUCUGUUCAUCAAUUAGCAGGCAUUUGAUUUG